UGACGGCGAAGCUUGUUGGGGCUGGAGAGUAUCACGGAGAUGGGAGGGAUGGAGGGGCCUGAUGGGGAUCGCAGGGAUGGUGAGGGGUGUAGGGGCUGGAGAGGGCCACAGAAGUGGAGUGGCAUAGUAGCCCGAUGGGUCAUGGAGACAGGGAGGGGUGUAGGGCCAGAAGCUUCAUGGGGACAUGAGGAUGAAGUUACAAGCACUGACUCCCAGUCUCUGUUCCCCAGGUAUUAAUCCAGCAUCUACGUACUUUGACUGUGCUCGCUGCAGGAUGCAGGGCUGCAGAAUGAUCCCCUACACUUGCCCAAUCGAAGAUGUCCAGGUCAAUGAGACAGGGCAUGUGUCAAUGAAAUGUCAAGCAUCCUUCAACCUUCCUGAGAUUGACUCUGUGAUCUGGUGGAUUGUUCCAAAUAUUCGCAGUGACGUCAUCCAACAGUUCAAGGUCCUGCACGUGGGCACUGACGACACCCUUAGCAUCAACAAUGUGAAGCUCAAGAACAGCGGCAGCUACGCCUGCGACGUCAUGGACAAAGACACCAUCCUGCUACGCCGGUUCUUCCACCUCAUCGUGACCCGCACUACCCUGCAGAGUAGCAAGGACCUGCAGGAGAUGUUCCAGAAAGUUCUCGGGGAGGAGCGAGGGACCCUGAAGACCCCGGUUGCCAAGCGAUUGCUGAAGAAGGACGAGCUUCUGCGGAAACAGACGGAGGCCCAGCUGACAGGUGCCAUCGCUCUGGCCAGCUUGCUCUUCUUUCUUGGCCUGGGGGGAUUGUACCGAUGGGUGUCGUGACGACAGGUGACAAUGGGCAGAUGUCCACAGAGGAGGCCGGCCGGCCGGGGCAGAAAAGUGAAUAAAACUCAUUCCAGUUAUCAAA